AUGCCCUCCCUCAUCAUAAACAACCACCACCUCCACUACGCCGACUCACACCCCAACGGCGCCCCAGAACAAGGCCACACCAUCGUCUUCAUCCACGGCCUGGGCUCCUCCCAAAACUACUACUUCCCCAUCCUCCCGCAUCUAACCAACCACCGCUGCAUAACAAUCGACACAUAUGGCUCCGCCCGCUCAACCUACAUGGGACAACCGAUCUCCAUCGCCUCCAUCGCCGCAGAUGUAAUCGGCGUCCUAGACGCACUCAGCAUCCCCAAAGCCGUGGCCGUCGGCCACUCAAUGGGCGGCCUCGUCGUCACCCUGCUUGGCGCCCAGUAUGCAGACCGCAUAAAGGCAGUGGUAGCUAUUGGCCCGACACAUCCUUCCUCGACGCUCACGACGGUGAUGAACAAGAGGAGCGAGACUGUUUCCGAAGCCGGCAUGGAACCAAUGGCCAACACCAUCCCAUACCAAGCAACCGGAUCCGGGACCUCAGCGCUCACGAAGUCGUUCGUCCGGGAACUGAUCCUCGGGCAGAACCCCGAGGGCUACGCCGCGCUUUGUCGGGCCAUUGCUGCAGCGCCCGUGAUCGAUUAUUCGGCUGUCCGGGCGCCGUUCUUGCUUAUUGCCGGCGAGGAGGAUAAGUCUGCGCCGUUGGAGGGCUGUCGGGUUAUUUUUGACGGCGUGGCCAGUGAGAAGAAGAGCUUGGAGGUGCUGCAGAAGGUGGGUCAUUGGCAUUGUGUUGAGGCGCCGGAGGCUGUGGGGGGUUUGAUUGCGCGGUUUGUUGGGGGGGUUGGCUUGUAG